AGAUCAAACCAACUAACUCGCCACCCUCCCAAACCCCCCUCUCCACCUCGAGUGCUCCGGCCAUGUCGUCCGAAGCGGCGGAGUCGUCGCGCGCGGGGCAGGUGGAGGAGUCCGGAGAAGAGAAGGCUGGGUGGUCGCGCCAGCGCCCCUGGGUGGCCCUCGUCUCCGUCCCCGUCGUCGUCAGCAACGAGGACGAGCAGGCCCAGAAGAUCCUCCCGGGCACCGACGUCCUGCUCGACUUCCAGGACCCGCCGCGCCCUUCCUACCUGGUCCUGCCCGAGCGCAUCGUCCCCGACCCCAAGUUCGACAACUGCUUCCCCUACAUCGUCGCCACCCACCCUUCCGGCCGCCUCAUCUUCCACGCCACCCAGAGCCGAGGCAAUCUCAACACAGCCUACUUCCUCUGCGACGCGCACUCCCGCACCGCCACCCGCCUCCCCGACGUCCCCGUCUCCCAGCUCCGCUUCAACCUCCGGCCCCGACGCAGCAUCGGCCUCAUCGCCUACCCUCGCCGCACCGGCCACUACAUAGUCGCCCAGCUCCACCCCACGUCCAGCACCCGCCACGACACCCUGCUCUACUACUCCACCCACACCCACGAGUGGGCCGUCAAGCGCCUCGCCUCCUCCCCGGACCACAAGCCCUGGGGCGCACACGGCGUCUUCUCCCACGACGGCAUGCUCUGGUGGGUCGACGUCGCCUACGGCAUGCUCACCUGCGACCCCUUCGCCGACCUCCCGCACCUGCGCUUCGUCCCGCUCCCCUUCGGCUCCGAGAUGGACGACGCGGUCGUCCACCGCGUCUUCCUCGACCAGCGCCGCUGCGUCCGCCCCAGCGAAGGCAAGCUACGCUACGUCGAGAUCCGCGGCCUCCCACUCCCACACGACCCGACGGCGGCCGUCAGCAGCCUCCCGGACUACGCGGCGGUUUGCAUGUGGACGCUCGUCGAUCCGGAGGGUCCGAAUCACUGGGAGUUCGAGUACGAGGCGCCCUUCUCCGAGAUCUGGGCCGACGAGGGCUACAUCAAGGCCGGCCUGCCGCCGCAGAAGGUCCCCGCGCUUGCGCUCGUCCACCCCAACAACCACGCCGUCGUCUACUUCUUCCACGGUACGUCGCUCUUCGCCGUGGACAUGCGCGCGAGGCGGGUCCUGGACUGCGAGGAAUGCUUGAUAGACCAUCACCUGCAACUCCAGUUCCAAACCUCCCGCUUCGUCGACGCUUGGGAGCUGCCACCCACGCUUCUCCGGAUUGAUCCUUCCGCCGCUGGGAUGGAAGGGCCUGAAGAUGGAGAACUGUCUAUGACAGAUCUGAUGUGGGGAUCUGAUGAGGAAUUAGCAUCUCUGAUGAGCCAGAUGGAGCUCAAGAGUCAGGCGGACGAGGAACUGUCGUUGGUGGAGCUGAUGAACAUGCUCAAGGACCUGGCACCAUCAUCUGAAUCGUCACCGUGGUCAUCUCCAUCUGACGCAAGUGACCAAGCUGAUGAACCAUGAAGAAAAGCUCCCCAAGGUAAUCCCAGCUACUAGCACGUAUGGUGUGAGGCACAUCCAUAGGAGAUGUACGUACCUGCUUCUGUUGACCGCCUCGGCGUGGGGCAAUUGCAUCUUCUUCGUACAUAGACCCUGCUAUGUUUUUUUUCCUUUUUCUUUUAGACGUCUGAGUACUCGAAACCAAAUGCUAAGAUCGA